UUUAACAGAGUGAAGCCCGUACCUUCGAGUAGUCUAGGACAUAGGCCACAGCUCACACAUACACACACAAACACAUCCCCACAACCCCUGAUGUCUGUAGGCACGCACUCAGCAUCAUUAUGCAAACAUGGCAAUCCACACAGGAUAACAGCCAUGGACACAGCACCCACAUACACAUUACAUCAGGCACCAGACCCGGCAACCCGAACGGCGUCAAAACAAAUUUUCCGCCUAAUACAAGCAGUACACCAUAAACAAGUAACAGAUUAUGCAAUCACUAGCAACACUUUCCCACCCGGGAUGAUGCGUCAAGUAAACAGACUAACUGACUUCAUCAAACCGGCCACACCAUCAGACACCACACGUCAUAAGGUGAAAAACAACACAGACAAUUGGAUGAGAGCAAACAUGGUUAUAUUACAGGAACAUUACACAAAUACAAUACACACCCUCGGCCAUACACCACACAACCCCAUAGCUCUUCAAAUAGCUUCUGGUUGGGCUAGAAAACGAUAUGGCCAGAGACUCCGGCCGGAUACCAUAACAACAACAGAAGGUAUUCUGAACAGGCAUAGACAACACAACAACAGCAAUAACAAUAACAAACCUUUUAUCAAAACCAAGACCAGGUUGGAGGGCUCCCUCUCCACCAUCCCGGAACUAUUGGAUGAAGUAGAGUUUCCACCACUACCAGUCAGCAGUGUUGCUGAUCCCCGAAUUGGCACAAUGGAACAGCGAGGAGCCCCGGUAACCACAACGGGAGGGUCACCAAACAUGAUGAGCGGGCAAUUAAAGGCUAACAAUGCCAUUGAAACCACAUCUGAGACCUCCCUACCACUCCUCCUCGGAAGUCCAUCUCCCACUGGUGCCAUUCGGGGAUCCAGCACACCUCCACUCCCCGACGAUAGCCCCGCAGGACCCUCCUCCACUUCCUCCCCAUUCAGCUUACCACUACACAUCUCGACACCAGGUGCCCCGGGGCGGUCCUUGAACCCGGAUCCCCCACGCCAAAGUCCUGGGUCCAUCCCCGUUGCCACAGUGAUUGUAGAAAAUAGACAAUCAGUUCAAAUCUUGUGA